AUGAUUCCUCCCACUACGAACAAGAAUAAAUUCAAACAAAAAUGGACGAAAAUAAAGUUGAGAUUUAGAAAAAACAAAACUCAUGAAGUUGAUGACCAGGUUACUAUUGUUGUCAGAAGCUCGUACGAUAGUUGUGUGAAAUGUAUGGGAGAGAAAUUACCCUUAGACGAGUUGACAGAUAUAUCAACUCAAAUACACCCUCAACAAACAUCACCUUUUAAGGAGAAGAUGAUUUUAGAGACCGCAAAACACAUUGAAAACAAACAGGAAAAGUUAGACCAAGCAGUAGAGCUACUGUGCUCGGUAGUUUCAAGCCCGAGGCACCCCCAGCCCCAAUACCAAAUGCAGCCUCAGCCCCAGCCCCAGCUCCAGCACCAACAAUUACCCUCUUAUCCGCCUCCAAAGUAUCAACCCCGAUCGAUCCCACCAACAAUCAAGUACAAAUCGCAACUAAACCAAUACUUGCUAGACAAAGCUAGUGAUCCCAAACCUUACACGAGCAUAUCCUCAUAUUACAUGAACCUACAUAACAGUUUUGCUAAUUAUUACUUGAUUGUUCAAGAUGGAUCUUAUCAGUGUGUCAAUUAUAAACUGUUGGAACCAGAAAUCGAGGAUAGCAGCAGGUUGCUUAAAUCCCAUUAUCGGUUCUUUUAUGGUUUUUUUGUAUUGUAUAUAUCCAUUUUUGUGAUUUACAUUUAUGUCGUCACAACACAAGCUCUAUAA